CGAAGCAGAGCGGAGUGUCCGAUGAGAGGCCGUACGCGGCAGAGAUAUGUGUCUGACGCAAUUUCCACGCUGAUCAUAUUAUUUUAUUUUUUUAUUUUUCCGUCACAUAUUCUCGGUUCGCGAUGUUCCUGAGGCGGCGAUAAAAGAGUGAUAGAAAAACCGGUGUUCCGGGAUGUUCCAACGUACAUCCCGAAAAAUAAAUAAAUCAAACAAAGUGUGAAUCAACAAAGGAGAAAAAUAGCUAAUGAAAAAGCGAAAGUAUAGUAAAUAAAAAUUGUGAAUCUCUCUCUUUCCCUCCCUCUCUCUUUGUGCGUCUCCAAGAUACGAAAAAUUCGGUGAUGUAUCGUCGUUUAAUAUCGUACGUUUCGUCGUGGUCGUCCCCGUUGUUGCUGAAACAGCAGUUCAUCGUCGUGGUCGGUGUUUUAUUGUCGACGUUGAUAGGACCUCGUCGUCCUCGUACUACUUGUGAAAGUGUUAGAGAACUGAUCGACCUCAGUCCUCGUCACCGCAUGCUCGCCGUUAUAUUCGUAUAAUAAUAAUAAUAACAAUAAUAAUAAUAAUAAUAAUAAUAAAAUAAAUACAAUAACAACAAAACAAAUAAAUAUAUAAAAUAAUACUUUUGUUUAAAAACGUGUUGCCAGUGUGUGGUGCUGUGGGGUAAGGGAUGAGGGCCAGGGGGAUAAUUCGGGCGACGAUCUGAGGUCAGAAAUGUUGAAGUUUGGUAGCAAGAACGACGUAACGGUGGUGCAUCGCGCCACUAUUCGACUUUUAGACGACGCCGAAAUUAUCCACUGUGACUUUCAGCCCCAGCACAAAGGACGCUACAUUCUCGAGUAUGUAUGCAAACAGCUCAACAUUAUGGAAACGGAUUACUUCGGACUUCGAUACGUGGACCAGUGUAGACAGAGACAUUGGCUGGAUCUGGCGAAGACGGCAAUCAAGCAGGUGAAAGACAUGGACCCGAUUCUGUUUAGCUUUCGCGUGAAAUUCUAUCCCCCGGAUCCGUUGCGACUCAAGGAGGAGAUCACGAGGUAUCAAAUUUACCAGCAAUUGAAGAGGGACUUGCUGCACGGACGUCUCUAUUGCAGUCCCGGCGAAGCCGCUCUCUUAGCAGCCUGCAUCGUUCACAGUGAACUCGGUGAAUACGAUCCAGAAAUUCACGAGGGUAAUUACAUUUCGGAGCACAAAUUAUUGCUCAAACAGACGGAGGCGAUCGAGGCGAAAGCGAUGGAGUUGCAUCAAACCCAGCUUAAGGGUUUUACCGCCGAGCAGGCGGAAACGCAUUUUCUCAGGUUGGCCUCUCAGCUCGACACUUACGCGGUCGAUCCCCAUCCCGUUAAGGACCACAAAGGCACUCAACUUUACCUCGGUAUUAAUCACUGCGGGAUCCUGACUUUUCAAGGCUCCCGACAGACGAAUCAUUUCCGCUGGUCGGAGGUGCAGAAAAUCAAUUAUGAAGGCAAAAUGUUUAUAGUUCAUUUGACGAUAAAUGAGGACUUGAGAACGAAGAAAAAACACACCGUCGGUUUUAAGUGUCCAACUGGAUCGAACUGUCGGCACGUAUGGAGAUGCGCCAUCGAGCAGAUGCUGUUCUUCACAUUACCGAGAGCCUCGGACGCACCAGUCGUGAGCGGAGGAUCGAUAUUUUCGUGGGGCACUAAGUUCAAGUACACAGGACGCACCGAAAGGGAGGUACUCGAGGAAUCGGCGCCGCUGAGAACGUCGGACGAGCCAGCGAUACAACGCUGUCAGACGACCGGACUUAGAAGAAAGGCCAGCAGUGUUCCGGCAACUCCGAGUACACCGAGUCAAGAUCUCGUCGAAAUUCGAUAUUCGAGUUUACCGAGGAGUUGUCACAGCUCGGGUCUCGACGGUGCUGGAAUGUCUGACGGCAGCGGUUCCGUACCACUGAGUUCGCCCUAUUGUCCCGACAACACUUUACCCCUACUCGAGACUGUCGCCGAGGAUCAAGAGAUUCAUGCCAAAAGAAAGAAUGCGGUAGAAGAUAUUGAUGAUGAGCAUGCGAUUGGGAGGAGGAGGAGGCGGAGGAGAGAGGAUAAAGAUGUGAUGAUGUCGAUUGAGGCGGGCAAGUGCGAUGAUAACGCGAGGGUUAUAAGCGAUAUGAGAUUAAGAAGGUCGAAAGGAAGCGGAGGAGGGAUAACGUGCAAUAAAAAGAUAGUGAUAGAGCAAUCGGAAUUGAGGGGCACGAGGGAGAGCAUCGACUGUUUGGUGCGUCGUAGGAUAAACGAAUUGGAGAAAAGUCCGAGGAUCGUGAGAUCAACGGCCCUGAUAAUAAAGACGUCGAGGGCGCCGAUGAAGAAAACCAAUGAGAACAAACGAGCGCAACAACAGGUGGUGGGAGAAACGAAUUUGAGAGGAGCUCAAAGUGGCAAAAGCUUAACGAGGGACGAGCGGGUCCCGCUCGUUUUGGAAAGCCCAACUCCGACCGGCUCAACGACGACCACCACGAGAACGCUAACGACCACGAUGAGCAACGGCAAUAGCAGAAAAAUCAUAGACCACGAAGACCAGGUAAGGUCGUAUGACACUACCGAUUAUCGUCGCGCUACGAGCAACGGCCUCCUCCUUAAUGACGACAAAACAAUGCGAAUAACGAGAGACUCUUAUUCCAAUGUGAACGGUCACGCGUGUCACGACGCACCUCCGAACGACUUCGAACCUAACGAUUCGCGAAAAAUAACGUUUGACCUUAGGAACGGUACGAUCGAACGUACCAAGGGUCGUCAACCGGAUAACGACGAUACCUCGACGCCAGUUGGCCGUGGUGACGGAGACUCGACGAACGAUUAUUUCUUCAGGGAUUCGUUCGAUCACUCGUCCUCGGAGAGUCAGUUGAUCGACGGUGCGGGUAAGCCACACAAUCGUACGUCAACGUCAGUGCCAAAGAUGCAAAAGUUACAAAAUGCAAAGUUGUGUCUGCAAGCGACAUCGACAACGACAACGGCAACAGCGACAACAACGAUCGCUACGUCGCGUCGUGACCAUCGUACGAAACAGCAGCAAAACAUACAAAUCGUUAGGCUAUUCAUACCCGCAUUUUUGCUCACCGUUCUCGUAUUGUUUGUCCUUAUCGUCGUUGUUUUCGAGACGGACGCGACCAUGUUCAAUAGCCUUCGUAAAACACCGGAAAUGAUUGCCUUGAGAAAUCAGUACUACGCUCCGAUCAAGGAAUUUCUCAGGACCAAGCUCGGCCUAUUUUAAUUUCAUUUUUCCAAACUGUUUCAUUAUUUUUCCCUUAUUAUUGCAAUCAUCGCAUAUUCUUUCCAGCCAAACGAAUUUAGCCUCCCUGAGAACUUUUCUUUCAACAAAAAAUUAGCCGAACGACUAAAACCUUUUUUUUUUCUUCUUCAAUUUAAAAAACAAAACUAAUCGGGCGCGAUACGAGAAAGUUUCCAUAAUUCUAGACCGCGAAUGAACGUUUUUUUUUAUUUUUUUAUUUUUUUUUCAAGCUUCACAAUUACAGUGCCAAGCCCUCGGGAAAUAAUAAUGAUGAAUAAUAGAAGUUAUAAUAAUAAUAAUAACAAUAAUGAUAAUUGUACUGGUAAUAUUAAUAUGAAUAGUAAUGUGAAUGCGAACUGUUGAAAACGCGAUGAUGUCUCAGCGAUCCGAUUCUAUCGUGUCCGUCGCUUAGGAGUGUCGCUAUAAUUGAGAAACACAAAAUUACAGAAUAAAUAUUUGUCGAGACGAAAUCGAAAGAAUAGAUGGAAAAAAAAAAAACUUUGUGCAUCAGCAAAAUAUAAGGGACCUUUGAAAUAGAUUUUUUUUAACAAUUCAAUAACGGCCUAUUGGAUUUUGGCGAAGCAAACAAAAUUGGAUGUGUGAAAAUGGAAUUUUCGGAUUGGAAUUAUCCCAGGAGGCAUAACUAAUGAUUUGGGACUUUGUCGAGAAAAAUGAUUUCGGAAUUCUGAUUGUGACGAAGGCGACAAAAAAUAACGACGUUUCUUUGUUAAUUGAAUAAUUAAUAUGCCUGGAUCGCCAAAAAUCGCCAAAAAAAGGAGAGAAAAAAAAAGGUAACGAGCCACGCAUUUUCGAACGAAAUCCAAGUUAAUCGGAGCAGAAACUCGAACGAGAUAUUGAGUAAACCAUAAGAUCAAAGAAUAACAUAAAAGGACGCGGUUUAACGUUAAAAUAAGGGUUGUUAGGUAAUGUUUAAGAAGGAAGAAAUCAACGAAAAGCAAUUUUUUCAUUUAGGUCGAAGGUAUGUAAAUGUAGAGAUUAGACUUUUGUGGCUGGUGAGGACUUGGAUUAAAUCAUUGUUCGACUUUUCGUUGCAAAAAUGUUGAAAAUGUGAAAAAUAAUUGAUUGAAAUGGGAAUGGAGGCUUCGUUGCUUCUGAAUUUUCAAUAAUCAUACAACUUUCUCACAAAUCCUUUGAUAAGAAUCGUCUAUAAAGCAUAUUGCUAUCUAGUCAUCUUAUUGAUAUUCUUUUAAUUGUAAAAUUCUUUUUUUAAUCUCAUAAAACAAAAUGAAUAAUUAGUAUUUUCCAAAUUUUAUUUUCCAUCGAUGUGUGAUACGUUCUGUUUGAUGGAUAAUGGCAUUAUUCGAUCGUGGUAGUAACUCAUUGAAACGUGAUGACGAAGCGAUUUAUUCUCGUCUCCUUAAAAAUAAUUCUCUUGAUCCUGUACUCAUUUCUUUCCCUAAAAGUGCCUACGCUCACGUUCAGAAUCUCUCAAACAUUGCAGUCUUUUUCUAAUGCUUUUUCAUAACGAUUGCUAAAAAAAAAAAUCAUUUUACAUGACUUCUUGAAAAAAAUCACUAAUAAAAAAUUAGCAAAAUAGAAAACGAUAAAUAACGUCUGACUCGAAGUCUACGAGUCUUUUUCUAUGGAACUAAUCAUCGCGUCACCUUUCGUUUCUCCAGUUAAAACGAGCCAGCAUUGUAUAGAGAAGAAAAUAAUAAAUAAAUAAACAGAUGUCAAUUGCAAUAUAAUGUAAACUUAGCUUUUUAAGAAAGAUCGACGUAACAUAGCAAAUACGGCUACAGCGUGAACCAGAAUGUGGUUGAAAGAUAAAAAUUUAGCGGUAUAGGAGCAGACGAAAAGUGAGGAAUAUUUCAAAAUUCAUCUUACUCUUCGUAUCGAAAAUUUUUUCACGGUUCAUUUCGGCACCAGUAACACAUUCCAGAGCUUGAUUAUUUCAAAUACAGAAAAUAAAUGAUACUUCUGCUAAUAAAUCACUCACAGAAUGUUUAAUUCCAUUCAUUUCAAAAGAUUGCAAAAAAUAAACUGAUAGAAGAAGAGAAAAGUCAUCUUAUUGUAAAAUUUUCGAAAUUCAUUAUGAAAGUAUAAUUAUUAUUGUUGCUGCAUCACUGAGAGCGAGAAGGAAAGCCCUGCAUCGAUGAUAUAGAAUGACAUGGAUAACGGUUCAGCAAAAAGACCGAAUUUCAUUAUUAUUAUUGUUAAUAUUAUUACUGACAUUGGUAUCAUUGUAAUCAUUAUUAUUCGCUUGAGAGCAUAGAUCGUAAUUUUUAAAGGAAAAAAAUGGUGAUAGACCGCGAAAAAUGAGAGUUCGUUACAAUAUUGAAAAUGCCACAGACAAUUGUUAAAAAAAUCCACGCCAAGAACAAUCAUUAUUAUCUUCGCGUUUCGUCUCGUACUUUGAGUACAAUUGCUAUGAAUAUUAGUGUUGGAGAGAUGAUGGAAUUUUCGAGGAUUUACUAAUUUUUGUGGUUUUUGAAAAACUCAUUAGAAUUUCGUCUCUGUCUCAAAUUUAUAAGCGCUUCAGGACAUUUAAGUUUGCUUAUAUUUUUUUUUUUGCAUUGCGAAACAAAUGUAAAAAAAUAACGAUUUUAUUUGGAGUUAAUGAUUGUUACGGUUAUUUGUUAUGAAUUAUGAUUAUAAAGAUAGAUCGAACAGAUUGAAAAACCAUUCGAUGAAUGUAAAUUAUUUUGUUUGUUUAUGAAGAUAAUUAUAUACUUUUAACGACGAGAAACGAUGAAUAAAAAAAAAAAGGGAAAUUAAUCCUCGCGUGCUGUGCUUUUUGUAUAACGAUUUGCAUAGAAAAAGAAAAGAAACGAGGAAAAAAGGAAAAAAAUAGCGAGAGAGAAAAAAUUAAAUCUUUAGUCAACUAUGACCACCGAAAAUAGUCCGGGGGUGGCGAGUGCAAUUUUUGUACAUCACUUGUGUGUGCGAUAAAAGCGAUAAACAAACCUUUUCAAUCGAUCAGAAAGACGAGAAAAUAUUGCGAUCGAGAUUAUUGAAUUUUUUCUCUUGCUAUUCAGAGAAGAUUCAAAGUAAAAAAGAAAACACAAAAAUGUUAAGAAUAGAGAAAAACCUAACGGUGUUCCGCGACGAAUUGUAAUCAAAAGUGUAACAAAUCUUUGUAUCGCUCCCAGAUUUUUGUAAGCUUGACCUUGUAGCACAACGACCUAGUCGUUGUUCAUCAUCGUGUGAACAAAAGCAAAGUGGAAAUCGGAUCUUCGGAUGAUUUUCAAGUUUGAGGAUGAUUUUUAAGUCUCCUUAUUUGAAUUUGAACAUUUUUAAAUUCACCUCAAACUCGAAUUCACUUGGUGUAACCUCGUACCAACAAAAUUUAAGGAUUUCAACGGUUCGUCACUCGUGAACUUUGUAAACUCAUCAUUAUAAUUAUUGAAUGGGAAAUUUGAUUCAAGAGAGCCUUUCGAAAAAACUCAUUUUACAUUUUUUUCAAACGAAAACUCAAUUUCCGUUGUUCCAAUACCGAAAUAUUAUUUUCUGUACCGAAAGGUUUUUCAAUUUUUCGUGUCCAAAAAAUCAUGAGACAAAAUACAAAAUUGGCUCUCUUGGAAAAAAAAAAAAAAAAAACAUAUCGAGAAUUUUCUCAAUUAUUUUCUCAAAGUGUUAAAUUGUUCUUUAAUUUUGUGCUAAAAAUCCUUAAUCGACGAGUUUUGUUUUAAGAAAGAGAGUCGGUUGGUAUUAAAAGAGGAGAGAACCGGAUGAAAGUUCAUAAAUUCGGAAAACAAACGAAGUUAAAUUGUAUAUUAGUAGUUUUUAAGAAAGAAAGAAGAAAAAAUAAAUAAAUGGGAGAAGCGCGUUAAACACUUGACGAAGAAGAAAAAGAAAAAGUGAAAAAAAAAAACAACCAGAGUUACCUACGUAUCCUGAAAUAUACGUAAAAGAAACAAAUAUUGUUGCCCUGCAUGUUAUUAUUAAAAUAUGUUCGCUUUGAUUUAGGCCGAUGCCCGCUUAAGAGAAAUAAAUAUCUACGAAUGACGAGCCUCGAUGAAAAUCCCGAGGAAAAAUUGAACGAUAAGAAAAACAAACGGAAUACGGGAUCGUCGCCAUUUUGGAAAGUGUUUGCCUUGUUAAAAAAAAAAAAAGAAAAUAAAGAUCAUCGCUGCACGAUCGAAAAAUAAAUUUGCACUUUUCCAAAAAGA